UCCGAACCAAGCGAUUGCUUCUGCCUGCAGCUCGCGCGGGCCGCGGAAGAUGGCGGAGUGCGUUGGCGGGGACAGCAGGGUUUCUCGCCCCUCAGGGGGGCCGGGUCAAACUUGGUGCCUCAAGCGAGUGGGGAUGAGCGAAGAGUGGCUGCUGCUGGAGGACGGCAGCGAGGUAAGUAUAGGUCGAGGAACUGGUGCUACUUACCAACUGAUGUCAAAAUCCUGUCCUUUGAUGAUCUCCCGGAACCACUGUGUUUUCCAGCAAAAUACUGAUGGGCAGUGGACAGUGAUUGAUAACAAGAGUCUAAAUGGUGUCUGGCUAAAUUGUGAACGCAUUGAUCCAUCACGGCCCUAUCUUUUACACGAAGGCGACUAUAUCCAAUUAGGAGUUCCUUUUAAAAACAGAGAAACAGCUGAGUAUGAAUAUACACUAAUAAGGGAAGACUGGAAGAAAGUCAGUCCAUUUCUGGCGCUGAAAAAUGACCAGCUGACAGAGAAAACGAAAGACAUGAGGGCUAAGCGUAAAAUUAGCUUGGAGGAAUCUGAGGCAUCUGGAGCGGAAGGGCCUUCCAAUUCCAGAACCAAAAGAGACAGGGUGUCUUUAGAAAAUGACUCUUUGGGGAAAUGUGAGGGAGGCAGGACAGAACUGUCCAGACAAACAACAGAAAACAUGGAAACAGUGUUGGUUUCUCCAAGGCCUAGUAAAAAGGAGAAGAAGAAAAACCACUGUAGCACCAUUCCGCCUGAGCAUGGUUUAGCUCUUCUUUCUAAGGACCAUAAAGCCCCAAAUUUGGCACAGUCUUGGAAUGGUUUGGAACAAAUAAUGAAAACUCUAGCAGAUAUGACAAAGCUAAAAGCCAAGAUGCAGGAGAAACAGACAGCUGUCCUGAAUGUGAGGCAAAUGAACAAGUGUGCUCCUGUAGAGAUCCAGGUUUUGGAGCAGGAAUUGCAGGAACUGAGGGAGCAGUUAUGCACUGAGCAGGAGCAGCAACAGCAGCAAGUGGAGCAGUUGCAGAAGACCGUCAGUGAAGAAUUGGAGGGAGCAAAAGAGGAGGAAGGAGAAGGGAGACUGAAGGAACAACUGACCCAGGUUCUAGUGCAGCAUCGUGCUUUGAUGGAAGAACUGAGCCGUAGCAAGAAGGAUUUUGAAGAGAUCAUUAAAGCCAAGGACAGGGAACUGAAAGAGACUAAGGAAGAGAAGGAGAAGGCACGAGCACAAAAGGAAGAGGCCUUGAGCCACAUGAAUGAUGUACUGGAGAAUGAGCUGCAGUGUACUAUUUGCUCUGAACACUUCAUUGAGGCUGUCACUCUCAACUGUGCACACAGCUUCUGCUCCUAUUGCAUCAAUGAAUGGAUGAAGCGUAAGCUGGAGUGUCCAAUAUGUAGAGGGACGAUAUUAUCCAAGACACGAUCGCUAGUUCUGGACAAUUGUAUUGAUAGGAUGGUGGAAAACCUGGAUGAUGAGACGAAGCAUCGCCACCUUUCCCUCAUCCAAGAGCGAAAAGGGAAGCAGGUUGUUGUGGAGAACCCAGCGUCAGAAAGUGAGAGCAGUAUUCUCAGCACGUCCUCAGACAGCGAGAGCAGUAGCAUUACCUCAACAUUAGACAGCGAGAGCAGCAGCCUUACAUCUGUGCAGUCCAUGUCAUUAAGCAGCUUUGAAAGUGAUGACUAUGAGGGAGACUCUGACAGCCACCAUGUUAUCUGAAAUGUCUGCACCGUACCCUUGCAGUUGUUUGGAGCCUGCUCUGGAUGCUUUCUGGGAGAACGGAUUGGACACUUGGAACAUUGAAGAGACUGGAAUUUGAAUUGUGGAUUAAAAGGGCUUGGCAGGGUCCUGUUCUUUUCUUAAGUGAAUGUGCGAUGUCCUCAUCUCUGAAGAGUGCGAUUGAAAACUGUUAGGCUCAAACCCAUUUUUCAUACUAGGUGACUAAACCCGUGUUUCUGUUCUUGCUAUGAAAAUUCUUGGAGUUGACAAUGUACCACCAAACUUAAAUUUAACUGCUUCCCUCCUAAUAGGUUGGAGAGUGCCAGCUCAUCAGCUAAAUAACUGCUUAAGUGUAACCUGAUGUAGUACAUAUUUGCUUUUUGUGUCAGAAAGCUGUUUACACAUGACUCAUGGGUUCAUAAAGAGAAUAAGGAUAUUUACAGCUGCAUAAGUCUGGAGAAAUUGUCACGGUUAAAUUUACCCUGCCGUAAGCCCCAAAGAGUUUGAUACCAACUCCCCAGAAAAGCAUCUUAAUCACUUUCUCUCAAGCUCUGUUGCCAAAAUUGAGCAGACAUAGUCAAAACUGUAGCAGCGCUUUUGCAUUUCUCUCUCUGUGUGCAUGUGUGUGUGUGUAGAGUGUGGUAGGAGGGCUUUGGCUGAGUGAAGAAGUUGCAUUUCUGAAUGAGCAGAAGGUGGCACUACAUAUUUAUCAGUAUUCACAGAAUGUUGCUGGUAUAGCCCUAUAAGUUUGCAGCAACUCAGGUUCCAUUUCAGGGGCUUUGGCUUCAAAUUAGCAGGCAAAUUGGAUUGGCAGCUCUUUCUGUUUUUUGUUUCCUUGAUAUGUCUUGGGGUGGUUAUUUAUUUCUUUGUUUAAAAGUUACAAUUUAUAUAAAAGAACAAAAAACCUGUCA